CGCGCAUUACGUUCUGCAGACACGCGCAAUGAUAGCCGGAAGCAUCGAUGGGAGGAAAAUAAAAAUCGAUAAAAGCCAGUGUAAUUCGCGAGUGUAAAAAAAAAAAAAAAAAUCUCCUACUUGCUGUCCUUUCUCUGACCACAGGCUCGAGUUCCUGCGUGUUUUUAUCUCACCGCCGUGCCGGAGGGGACGACAGACGGCAGAAAACCCGCUCCGUUUGUACGAAGUUGCUCGGUGGGGGUUUAUAGCUGACGUGUGGAGAAGUUGAGACUGCUGGAGCGCAGAUAAACAAACAUAAACAAGCAGGGGUCAGUUGAGAGCCUGUUCGAACCGAACCAGUAGCUCGGGGAGAUGGCGGGGACAGCCAAACCCCGGUUCUGAGCCCGGGAAUGAUCCGCAGGAGACGGUGACUUCCACUGAGACUUGCUUUCUUCAUGUCAACUGUCAACACUGGCAACACAAAAGAAUUUGGAAAACACGAGGAGCAGCCACAGGCUUUCGGAGGAAAUCCACUGCUCCACUUACUGUUGUCCACACACAGCGACGUUAGCAUGGCCAGCCAAUGAGUUCACCUUUCAGGUUUCAGCUGGGAGCAAACGAAAACGUAUAGUUCAAGGAGGCAGAGGUUCGCUGAUCUGUGGCCCCUGGGUGUCACAAGUGGAAUGAACAUGGCCCACCAGGCAACCCCUAGUUCUCAGAAGGCCCUGAUGAUGGAGCUGAAGUCCCUGCAGGAGCAGCCGGUGGAGGGUUUCCGCAUCACCCUAGUAGAGGAGUCUGACCUCUACAACUGGGAAGUGGCCAUCUUCGGACCGCCCAAUACUCUGUAUGAAGGAGGCUACUUCAAGGCUCACAUCAAGUUCCCAGUUGACUACCCAUACUCCCCUCCUACGUUUCGCUUCCUCACCAAAAUGUGGCACCCAAAUAUUUACGAGAAUGGAGAUGUGUGCAUCUCCAUUUUGCACCCCCCGGUCGACGACCCCCAGAGCGGGGAGCUGCCGUCUGAGAGGUGGAACCCCACCCAGAACGUCAGGACGAUCCUGCUCAGUGUGAUCUCUCUGCUCAACGAGCCCAACACCUUCUCUCCAGCCAAUGUAGACGCCUCGGUCAUGUUUCGCAAAUGGAGGGACAGCAAAGGCAAAGAUAAAGAGUAUGCAGAGAUUAUAAGGAAGCAGGUGUUGUCCACGGCGGCGGAGGCUGAGCGGGACGGCGUGAAGGUGCCGACCACGCUGGACGAGUACUGCGUUCAGACCCGGGUCCCCUCUCAGGACAGCAGCUCCGACCUGCUCUACGACGACCUCUAUGACGACGACAUGGAGGAGGAGGACGAGGACGAAGACGAGAGCGAGAUGGAGUCCGUGGGCGAGGCCGGGGCCAUCAGCUGCUUGGAGGACGGUGGGACAUCCACCAGGCACUAUGACAACCAGGACGACUCUGGCAACGAAGACUCAUGAUGAUCUGGACGAUAAAUCCUCCCUGCCAAUUUAGUCCCGCGGUCGUCUGUCAUUUUUCAGAGUAUGUGGAUGGGUGUGUGUGUGUGUGUGCAUGUGUUUGCAGAAACAGUGGGGUCAAAAGUCUACUGCCAAAAUGUUUAAUCAUUUGUUAAACUGAUACAAGUUUGAUUGAGUCAAUUUUUUCACACGCUGUCAAAAAAAAGAAAAAAGAAACAACAAGUUUGCAACAGAUGUUUGUUGGCGCUAUUUCCACUUAAAGUCAGAGUUUGGUGUUCUCACCGUUUGCCUUAACAACACCUUGCACUCUGUCUAAUGUUUAGCAAAGUUUGAGUAAAGAAAUUGUUCCAGCCCAGUAUAGGAAAUUCUUAAAAAUAUUACUAAAACUCAGAUUUUAGAUUUAUCAAGCAUUCAGUCAUUUUUCAUCCUCCAUUUCAGCAUGCAAACGUCAAACUAGAGCAGCGUUUCCCAACCCUGAUCCUCAAGGCACACUGUCCUACAUGUUUUAGAGGUGUCCCUGCUUUAACGUGCCUGAUUCAACUGAUUGCAGUUCAGCAAACGCCCGCUAAUCAGUCAUCAAUUGAAAUCAGCUGGACUGAAGCAAGGAAAUACCUAAAACAUGCAGGGCAGUGUGCCUGGAGGACCAGGGUUGGGAAACACUGAACUAGACGACCGUCCUCUUGAAUAUUUACAUCACCAAUCUAGUUUAAUUUCCAUGCUAUACCAGUUCCUGUCGUAUUUUUAUUACACUCACGAAACUUUGAUUACUCUUCAUCCUUGCUAUGUCCCUUCGCUUUGUGUCUUCAGUGCUGGCACAGUUCAGUGGGCUUCCUGGAUGCCAUCUGGAGUCUGACUGGCCCAGGUUUGAAAUGACAGAAGAAACUUUGUGCAAUCUUUGUCUUGACAAUGCCACUAUUGUUGAAAAACUAAUGAAUAGGUUUAUUUUAGUAUACGAGUACUUCAUUAGUGGAAAUGUACUCAUUAAAAAAAUGAAACACAGCGGUGUCCUUUGAGUUUGACAGGUUGUUGGCGCUGAUAAAUGAUGACAAGAAGUUGCAUUAUCUGCCUGGAGUUGAGAGAGAUCGGAUCCAUGGUGUGUUUUCUUGCAGCUGUUUUCCCAUUUACCUAAUUGAGAUUGUGUGUUCUCUGACUUGUCUCUUAUAUUUCCUGCUGCGUCUCAGUCAGUCUGGUGAGGGGGAAUCUUGGCCCUUUGGCUCAUUAGGCGAUCAGUGAGCUGGGCAGCUUGUCCUCUCGACUCUCAUGUAGGACGACUCUGUCUCUCAAAGUUCUCCGUUUGACUUUCACUUGAUUGUCUUCCAGUGUUUUUUAAAAAUGUCCAUACCCCAUCGCCGAUACCACACUGCAACCAUAAACUCCAGUAAUAUAUAGGGAUCUAACAUGAUGGAGCAAAACGGUGCCGAGUUAUCUUGCAAAGAAUCUUAACCGGACUUGUGUCUGAACUUUGUCUGGGCCAUUUGAACACGUGUAUUUUAUGGAUGCAAAGUGGUUUUUUUUUCUAAAAAAGAAGUUCCAGGGGUGGCGAAUACUUUUUGCAAGGUAUUGUAACUCAAUUUUUCUGUCGUAUCUCGGCCAUUCGAGCUUCAGGGUCUCAGUCGACUUUCACUUUUAAGAGAAAAGAUGGUCAGUGACAGUCCUCGGAACCAAACGACUCUUCUUUACGUUCUUUUCUUGCUCAUUACCAGACCACGUUGCUCUGUUGGCCUCCUAUCCACAUGUGAGCGUUCAGUCCAGGUCAGGGUGCUUUGUCUUGGGGUUUUUUCUCGCUUAGUUAAGAGAAUCAGAAUUACUCUAUAGGGACUUCUCUUUUAGACAAGCCAGACAUUGAGAUGCAGUUGAUGAGAAGAAGUAAAAAAAAAAAAAAAUGUUGCUGUGUGACUCAAACUUGUGCUUUGAUGCUACUUCAUUAGAAUUGAAAAUGUAUUUCUGUUUAAAUAACAGAAAAAAAUCAUUUAAAUAAGACACUGAUUGCCUGUUCCCUGUUUGCGUGUGUGAGAGCAUUUACUUUUUCUUUUUUUUUUUUUUGUUCUUUAUGAUGUCAAGUUUUUUAUCUUCACCCAAACGUCCCUCCAUUGGAAUACAGUCAGACUCUCGUCACCUGAGCGAUGAAUGAAACUUCCAGCUCCAGAGAGAGGACUCGUCUCUUAUUUCCUGCUUUUCUGCCAGCCUGGAUUGGCUGGAGAUUUGAGGGAUUAAGAAAAGCAACAGACCUUCUUAGUAUUAAGCUUUUUGAACAUGCUGAACAGCACAACGUGACUGACGUAAUACACACGAAUCUCACACAAUCUUUACGUUCUAAGAAUCUCUCGUCCCGUUGAGCGCUCAUUUCAAACGGAUGGAUUUUUACGCCACGGACACAAACAAACCCCCACAUGAGGUCUCGUCUGAAAAGCAUGCUGAGGAUUUACAUGUUUUUUUAACUACACUUAUAGGAUACCCAUUGGAUUUUAACGUGAAGCUGAAGGAGUGAAAGCUUUUUCUCCUGGUCCUGUUCUUUGGGAGCCACAGAAAGUGAGGAAGACUCUGGAAAUGGACCUGUAACAUAAUUCGGAAAGAUGCCCACAGAUCUCUGGUUGUCGCUAAAUAUUGCCUACUUUUGCUGCCCCCACACCCACUCGCUCGCAAUCAUGCACAAACAUAAACCCCUGUUAAUGAUUUAAAAGCACCAUCCUUGUAUAUCUCCAAGAUGAAUUGUUUAACAUGUGAUGUGCACAGAUCAGCUAUAAUAUUAUGAAGUGAAAAUCAUCUUAGCCAUUCUGACCCCUUUUUAGGCAGCAAUUAAUUUCUUUUACAUUUAAGGAGCGAUUUUAAGUGGGUUUAAUUGGACUGCUGGGUCAUAUCAUCUCCACUAAAGAGUUAAGAGAUGCGGCUAUCAGGUUUUCGCUGGCCAAAACAAAUUUCUAGUUUUCUUUUCGUUCAGACCUGCCAAAUCCCAACUUUUAUUUUAUUUCUGAGCAUUAUAAGUACAGAUGGAACAAUAAGGCUAAACAACUUCUGGAUUUCUAUAAGGACCGCUCUGCUAAUUCAAAUUUUGACAGAUUCCACAUUUUUUGUUUUGUUUUUUCCCAACAAACUAUAACAUAAAAAAAACUAAAUCGUGCAGGUACUAUGAUGUCAGUUGUAGUUUUGAGUCCAACAUAUAAAAUAAGAUAUUCCACUAUCAUCCCUAGUUUAUUUAUUUAUUAUUAAACUCAAAAACAACAAUGCACGCUCUAGGUUAAUUUGACUGAGAUUUGAAAAUGUUCUUAAUCUUAAUGCGUUUUCUAAACUUGCAGAUAUAACAGCCAAUCAAAUGUAAAUUUAAGUGAAAAAUUAAAACUAACAUGCAUCUACCAGAAAACGUGCUGCAAAUUCAUUGAUAGAGAUUGUAGUUUUGAAUCCAACAAAAAAUGAAAAAAUUGCUAUCACUAUAUGUAGACUGUGUGUCUUUAUCACAGUCAGUGUGGAAUGAAGGGUUGAAAUGUUUUGGCUCAUCAGUGAUUCUGAGGUUUUGCUGCUGAGUUUUAAUUAAUUUAAAAAAAAAGGGAAAACAACUGUCUGGAUUUGCAGGUCUGAUAUUAAUUGUCUAAAACCUAGAAGACGUUCCUGCAUUAUGAUCCACAACCUUUACAAACCCACAGAACUUUCCAGAGCUUUUCUUUGCCUCCUUCCAACAUAAAAAUUGUGCUCGUUAGAAAAAGUGACAUUUCUUCGCUGCUAAAUAGUACAGCUGAAUGUACAGGAUUAAAGUUACCACUUCCUGGAAAAUCCCCUCAAUCCACUGAAAAACACACUAGUGAAGUCCAAGAGGUGAUAAAAAUAAUGAAUAAUCAACUUCUAGCGUCCAAACUUUAAAACCUAAAUCCAAGUAACCAUAGCAAAGAAAAUGGGGAAACCCUGUGUAUUUAGCUGUAGCUGGUUAGCUUUUUUAGCAUUUAGAGGGGGAAAAAAAACAAGUCUGGCUUUGUCCAGCAGUAACAAGGGGUACUAAUGAGUACAUUUGGGGAAAUAAAAACACAGCUUGUGCUUUUACUUGGACUCGGUUUCUGUGCUGGACUACACUCAGAGCAGGAGGCAUGAAGUCAGACAGAAUUAGGCUAAUUGUUACCCUGAUUCCCUAAGCUAAGCCAGCUAACUUGGUGCGAUAGCUCGUAUAUUUACCACAUACCAAAGAGCUGCAUCGGUUUUCUCAACGAUAUGAAAUAAAUUUCCACAUCUGUUUAAGAGCCAAUUGUCACUUCCUGGCAAAGCUUCAGAUCUGUGAUUAUGGCCUGGUAGGAGCGACAGCAUCACCAAGUCAUAAACGAAAUGUUGGCCUUGGUUUUUAUAAGGUAGAAUGGAGGAAGGCAAGAGCCAUUAAAAAACAGACAACUCCAAAUUCCCUACACAUAGCCCCACACAAAAUCUGAAAUAUUUUAGUUAAUUUAAUGCAUGUCUUUUUUUUAAGAGUAAACAAAUCCCCUCCAAAACCUCCAGUGUCACUGCUGAAAGACAGACCCAUCCACAAUGUCCAUCCUGUUGAUGCUGAUCCAUGUUUGGUUUUAUUAGAUUUUUUUCUUCUAUUGCAAGGGUGCAGAUUUUACACGAGGUUUCUGUUUUUGCGAACCCCCUUCAAUGUUGGGUUUAAUUGUAAAAUUAUUUUUGCUAUCCCUCACUGAGCCUAAAUAUCAUCAAACAUGAAACAUUGAAGAAAGUACAGUAGGUCUUCAGGCUAAAGUUGAAAAAGUAUGCAAGAGUAAAAUUAUUGUGUUCAAGUUGUAAAGUCAUUGAAAAAUAAAUAAAAGUUGGUCUUUGAUCAGUGA